GCUGCUCACGAUCCUACCCGGAUUCAUUUUUUCCAGUUGACAGGAAGUGAAGGACUAUAACCCCACUUGCCGGAAGUGCCUUUUCAGGAGUACUUGGCUGUUCUUGCAGCUCAGGUUUUCAUCUCUCCGCGCGACCCUGGCAACAACAUGCUUCUGAUUCAGCGUGUCCACUUAGCUAUAAAAAUACAUUAAUCAGAACUGCCUGGCAUCUUCCUGAGCAAGACUUCAUUAGGUCCCAGUAUGCUUCACUUCAUCCGGAAGUUUUCUCAAGCAUCUUCAAAGAUGCUGAAGUACCCUUUCACAGUUGGACUAGGAGCCAGCAGGAGAAUAGAAACACUAUCUCUCAAGGCAUGUCUCCAGCAGAACUUUUCACCUUUGUUUCUAAGGCCUAGGCCUUCCUCAUCAUUUCCAGUGUGUAUGAGCAAGACACAAUACUAUCAUACUUCCCCAUGCAACUUUAAGAAGAAGCAGAAGGAAGAAGUGCUUCCAGCCAGGCCACCGAAAACUAUCACAUACCUGCCUGACAGCCCAAAGCCAGCAUUAUACAUAUCUCUGGCGGGACUAAUCCCUUUCCUUGCUCCACCACUGAUUAUGGUGAUGGUAAAGACUUAUAUCCCCGUAUUAGCUUUUACUCAGAUGGCUUAUGGAGCCAGUUUCCUAUCUUUCUUGGGAGGGAUCAGAUGGGGUUUUGUUCUGCCAGAAGGUAGUCCAGCCAAACCAGACUACCUAAAUUUAGCUAGUAGUACAGCUCCUGUCCUGUUUUCAUGGUUUGCCUUCCUUGUUUCCGAAAGGCUCACUGAAGCUAUACUCACAGUAAUAAUAGGUUUGGGGAUAGCAUUACAUAAUGAACUUUUUCUUUUGCCAGAUUAUCCCAAUUGGUUCAAAGCCCUGAGGAUAGUAGUCACUUUAGUGGCCUUUUUAUCGUUUGUAAUCACUUUACUACUUAAAAAUAUUUAUCCAGAGAAAGGACCCCAGAAACCUGGUCAAGGAGAAUAAAUAUAAAACUACUCAAUAAAUGAUGUUAGCACGUUG